GCUGGGCUGGCGCCGGGGCCAAGGUGCGAGCGGACCCGCCACGGGCUCGGGCUCGGGAGCAGAGUCGGGGCGCGCGGCGCGGAGCUGGGUAGCACAGUCCAGCCGACCCAGCGCGGGCAGACAGGAGCCCGCGGGUGGCGGCGGCGGCGGCGGCUUCCAGACCGGUUGGUGCUGGGCCUCCGACCGAGCCGCGCGGCCGAGCGGGGCCUUGGCCCGGGCGCUGGGGGAGCCCGCGGCGGCGGGCAGCAGGAGGAAGCGGCGGCGGCGGCGAGUCCCGAGCGGUGCGCGCCAUGUCGGGCAGGCCCCCCAAGGCCCUGCAGUCCACGGGGCCCCACUCCCUGCGCGACAUGCCGCACCCGCUGGCCGGCUCCAGCAGCGAGGAGGCCGUGGGCGGCGACAGCACGCCCAGUCCGGACCUGCUGAUGGCCCGCAGCUUCGGCGACAAGGACCUCAUUUUGCCCAACGGUGGUACUCCAGCAGGCACUGCGAGUCCGGCCUCUUCGUCUUCCCUUCUCAACAGACUUCAGCUUGAUGAUGACAUUGAUGGUGAGACUAGAGACCUGUUUGUCACGGUUGAUGAUCCCAAGAAGCAUGUGUGCACGAUGGAGACCUACAUCACGUACAGGAUCACCACCAAGAGUACACGGGUGGAGUUUGACCUGCCAGAAUAUUCUGUUCGACGAAGAUACCAGGAUUUUGACUGGUUGAGGAACAAACUGGAAGAAUCCCAGCCCACUCAUCUCAUUCCCCCACUUCCUGAGAAAUUUGUGGUGAAAGGUGUUGUGGAUCGAUUUUCAGAAGAAUUUGUGGAGACCAGAAGAAAAGCUUUGGAUAAAUUCCUGAAAAGAAUUACAGAUCAUCCUGUGCUCUCUUUCAAUGAACACUUUAAUGUUUUCCUUACUGCUAAGGACCUGAACGUGUACAAGAAGCAGGGGAUGGCGUUGCUGAGUCGGGUGGGCGAGUCAGUCAAGCAUGUCACGGGAGGCUACAAGCUGAGGAGCCGGCCGCUGGAGUUUGCAGCCAUAGGCGAGUACUUAGACACGUUCGCGCUCAAACUGGGAACCAUCGAUCGGAUAGCCCAGCGGAUCAUCAAGGAAGAAAUAGAGUACCUUGUAGAGCUGAGAGAAUACGGGCCUGUGUACUCCACGUGGAGCGCUUUAGAGGGGGAGCUGGCCGAGCCCCUGGAGGGUGUGUCCGCUUGCAUCGGCAACUGCUCUACAGCCUUGGAAGAGCUGACAGACGACAUGACAGAAGACUUUCUCCCAGUGCUCAGGGAAUAUAUUUUAUACUCUGACUCCAUGAAGAGUGUGCUGAAGAAGAGGGACCAAGUGCAAGCGGAGUAUGAAGCCAAACUGGAGGCUGUGGCGCUGAGGAAGGAAGAACGGCCCAAGGUCCCGGCGGAUGUUGAGAAAUGUCAGGAUCGGAUGGAGUGUUUCAAUGCUGACCUGAAAGCCGACAUGGAGAGGUGGCAAAACAACAAGAGGCAGGACUUCCGGCAGCUGCUCAUGGGAAUGGCCGAUAAGAACAUCCAGUAUUACGAGAAGUGCCUCAUGGCGUGGGAGUCGAUUAUCCCACUGCUGCAGGAGAAGCAAGAGGCCAAGUAAGUUUCUUCUUGGGACAGAGACUCCUCCACCUACGGGGCAUGGUGCCCACACUGGAAUGCCCCUGCAGUGCCAGCGAGGUGGCACCGAGAAAACAACCACAGAAACAUCUCUCCUUGUGUAUUUCUUUCCCUUCCCCCCACCUUGUCCGACAGUUGUUUCCAAUUAGUAUUUAUUCCUCGGUGGAGUCUAUAAGGCUGUCCUCAUCUCUCAGUGAAGGAAGCAUUACCUCUGUGCUGUGAAGGAGCCUGCUCAGUGGGCCACCAUGAAGAUUUGACACCAAGGGACAAGACAGCCCCCAGCGGACAUUCUGACAUCUCAUGACCGCCCCCUGUUUGGGGACAGCGGAGUUGCCUGCUGCGGAGGAGAACGCAGGCCCUGCUUGGCGUGGACGGGGGCAGCUCUCACUUUCCAUGGACCCACGGCGGCUCUGGAAUUGCUCUCUGUGGGCUUUGACUCGUCUCAGCCGAGAAGGCAUCUCCGUGGAAGGUCCUUAAUGUGUUGCGGCUUGUAGCCCCAAGUGUGGCCUGCUGCCGGCCUGUGACGAGUGACACCCGAGUUACGGUUUCUGGUUCGUCCAGGACCAUUCAAAUCUGUGUCCAGAUGCAUCCGUGCUCGUGUCCUUGUCCUUCCGCGAUGCCUUGGGAAGCAGAGGGGGCGGUGCUCCCCACACUCCUUUCUGACACUAAAAAUGCGGUAGCGUGGAAACUGUCCUGUGUACAAUGAAAAAAAGGUGCAUUUUUCUCUGUGACCUUGUUCAGUGUUCUUUGGUGUGUUGAGUGUCAUCAGGGUAGCAAUCAGGCCUGGUAGGAAUAUCUAGUGUCUUGAAGUCAGAGUCCCCAGUUGCUGAGGUCAGUGGGCGUGUAGCAAGCCCACCUCCCACGUCUGCUCUGUGCAGUUUGCCUUUACCUCACCAAAAAUUCCUCGUUUCAUGUUUCCUACACUGUCCACUGAAUGUUUGGGCAACCUUUUGGGGAGAGGCUGGCGUGUUCUUAUGAUACAGUCGAGACUUGUCAACUCAGUGUGAAUGGUCUCCGUGAAGUGCUUUAACCUUAACAUUUCCUGGUCCGGAAGAGGAGUCUGUAUCCAGACAGGCCUCGGAGAUGACAAGUGUGACCGUGAACUCUUUGCUUCUAGUUAAGCUGAAACCUCCUCCAUUUGCCGCCAAGUUCCUGGGGACAGCUGGCUGCGCAUCGAAAGUCUUCAUUUCACACUAUCACCAGGUUUCCUUUUCAAGCGCAUCAACACAAAACAGACAAAAAGGAUUUAUCUCCCAGCUCAUUUCCCCCCACCCCCACCUCUUGAAGUGAAACUACCUAUGUCAUGUUUGUGCUCUUUCAUCUGUGGCUCAUCUCUAAAAAGUUAGAGAUCUGAGCCUCAAAUAAGCGGUAGUAGUAGGAGGAGAUCUUGUUGUUGUUGUUUGUUUUAAUGAAACAGCUAUGCCGAGACACUGCUGAAUUUGCAAGUUAACCUGCAGAUGCGGGUCAACAUGCAGCCUGCCCAGGUCACUUCAUAGCACUUCCAGCUGCAGCGUUGAUCCUGGGGCAGCCACAGCUGUGACGCUGGUGGGACAGCAGGUGGACAGCCCAGAACGGUUUGGUUCUGUUUUCAUCGUGUUUGAAAAAGUUGCAGUUUAGAUUAUAAUAAUUUGUGUAUCAGUUGGUACUUGUCGUGCAUUCACAGGCCCCAUUUGUGCCAUUCCAGAACCCUUCGAUGUGAAUUCUCAAUUUGGUACAAUUAAGAGAUGUUUCACUGAAGCAGAAGGGUAAGAACAGUCCAUCGACCCCGAGUGGUGAUUCAGUGUUGCGUUCUACCUCUGUGCCAUCCAGUUGGUGUGGGUACGGAUGUCCGGGUCCAACCUGACAGCUUGCUGGUAGAAUCAGGGUCAUGUAUCCGACAGGGGCUUGAGGGCCUUCUACUUGACAUGUGGCAGAAGAUGCCAGACUGACCUAGAGGUCAGUGCUCAUCUUUGGGAACAUGAGAAGCCUUGCCUGGUGGAGCGUGUGCUUUAAAAACGUUGUCCAGUGUAACAAAUGCUUGGAAAGAACUGCGGAAGGAGUUCCAGGAAGAUUAGACUGUAGUCUGCUGCUAGUUGCCAAAGACAGGGGCAUUCCUGAGCCAGGGUUAGCUGGGCAAGAAGGCAGCCCUGGAGAAAAAUGAUCUGGUUCCUCGCUGGGACACAUCAGGAAGGGAGUGGGGGACAUAGUCAUUCCCUAUGUUAUUGGAAGCAAAACACUGGUUCUGAAGGGAGCCAGGCAUCUUGGGCUUUUGGCUUCGUUUGGUCUCCCUAUGAUGUCGCUGUGCUUUUAGACACCGGGGGAAAGCCCGUGCAAGGCAAGCUGAGCUCCAGCACACCAUUGCGAGCAGAGCGUGGAAGACCAGGUCAUCUUCCAGCCUUCCUUUGGAAAAAUGGCCCUUCCGGGAAAGGGACCUUUGUCCCUUGCUUCUGGCUGGCGAUUGAGGAGGUGAGGAGGCUGGCCCGGAAGGCAAGGGACGGUAGGCAGUGGAGGAGGCCCUCCAGCCCCCCCCCCUUCAGGCCCCUGAGGGUCAGCAGCCCCAAGCAGUUACCUCUUCAUCCCCAUCAGCACGAAGGUGAUCCUCUAGGAGAAGAGUCACCCAGAGACUUCUGUGCCAAAGACCGCCUCACAGAGGCUUCGUCACCCCAUCCUUUGGCCCCGCAAAGUCGUGGUGCUGAGGUCACCGACCCCUCUCUCGUAUUUGCUUUCCAGGAGAUUUUUGCCUGGGGAUGUGCCUUACCUCAGGCAGACAAACGUGGACAAGUUUUGAAACUUGGGCAGAUGGCAGUGGAGUGGAAAGUCAUCCCUGUCAAGGGCCCCUGGGCCAGGGAAGUGAAAGGGUCCAUUCCCCUGGGCUAGAAAUCCAGGCGGAGGCGGGAGAGAGAAUUCCUAAAAACGGAGCAGAUUUGAGAGCUGCAGAUGGUGUUGGAGGGAGCAGUCGUGAAUCGGAGCAGAUUCGGCCCCUGCUCAUCCUUAUCACGUGCUGCAUCUCUGAGAAGACUCGACGCUGUCGACGCUGCUCUGCUCCAAGCUCGGAACCACCGCUCCUGCUCGAGCCAGGUUGGGGGUUGGGUUUUAUCCUUUAUUAGGAGUUAACGCUAAUUUCUGGUGACCUCAGAUAAGUGCGAUUAUGGAUGUGAUUGGCUCAUAUUUCACUGUGCUGCCCGUUGAACCCACCACCCACCCUUCUUUUGCUGAAAUAACAAACACCAGCACGACUCUGGGGACCGUGGUGAAUGUCACCUAAGUUUGUCUUCAUGCCAAAUUUCAGCCACACCCAGAGUGUGUUCUACACGUUGUUGACUUGAAUGUGUUUUCUCAGUCCCUGUCCACACAAGGGAAUUAAAUGUACACACAUUCCUUGUGAGGCUGCCAUUUGUGUUGGGUCGACUGGAAAUUCGGUUUAGAGAAGGGCAUGACGCCGUAUGGCCGUCUGCCCGCGGGCUUUUUCUUAGGACAUAUCAGCCCAAGAGGUACUCAGGGUUUGUGUGCCCUGCUGUCGAUUGCAUGGAAAUCCCGGGCACCGGGCUCGCUAAUGCUCUUGGUUGGUUUGCACGGUAGUGAGUGUCUACGCUGCAUCCCGAGCUGGGGGGUGGGGGUGCGGGGGAGUGGGAUCCAGAGCAGCCUGUCUUCUGAGUGGAAGGAGCCCUUUGAGCAGCCAGGGUAGAGCCCAGUUUUAACCCAUCCCGAGACCUAAACAGACGAGGCCAACAGAGGCCUGUGGCCAGGGUAGGGCACACCUGUCCUGGUCCCCACCUUCACAGAUGCCUGCUUUCAAGGUCUGUAGCUACUGGAUGACCUCCUUAGAAGCUGGAGUAACACCGCUUUGGCCACCCCAUCUGUAACAUGAUGUUGGGAACUUGGGUCUAGCCCCUUCUCACUUUCAGAAAUCCUCACGGGGCACCAGAUUGAACCCGCCCUCUCACUUACUGUUUUCUCUCUUCAGGUGGCAGGUAAAAUUUGAGGGCAGUGUCACCCCUGGUCCAUACCUACAGCUUGUGCCGGGUAUGUUGGAGUUGUUUACCAGUUUGUAGUGUUUUAAUUCAGUGAAUGAACCAGGAACCCGAGUUUUCAUCAACCCACCCAAUAGGUGGUUAGCUUUUUGUGUUAAGGAUACCUGGUCUCUCCAGAGUUGCUCAGAUCAGCGUGUGCGCAGGGCUGUCUGCAACAGAAAAGGCCUAGGGGGGCGGUGUUACGGGGGGGGGGGGGGAGGUGACUGUUCUUCCUUAAUCAUGUGUUCGGAAUGCUCUCUCAGUGUGACUGUCUAACUCUGUGUGGCAAAAAUAUGUUCUCCAGGUAGUUUUUACUACUAUAGAUAGCUUGUAAAUAAGUGCUUUGUCUCACUUAUAAACCUUCUGUGUACCUAGCACUUGAAAAUCAGCCCAUCCAGACUUUGAGAAAUGCCACAGACUGUUAGAAGCCUAACUCUACUUUUUGAGAAUCUGUCAACACCUACUAAUAUGCCUUAUUCUUCAACUAGUGUUUUCUAGAUUCUGGAUAGAAAGAGUUUUUAGAUGUGUAAUCAGUGGUUCUGUUGAAAUACUGGAGGCCUCACAUAGCCAGACUUCAUUCCUCUUAAAGACACAAGCAAGAAAAUGAGGGCUGCCUUUUGGGAGAAGAAAGCUGAGUAUCACUAUUGCCAAAUGAUAUUUUUGAUAAUGUAAGGAGACACAGGGACCACAAAACUUUUGUUUGUUUGUUUUAAAGUGUGCAAAAUUACUUUUGUGCCUUGUGGCACAUUUUGGAUGGGAAAGGGUAUGAUGGUAUCAGCAUCGACAAAUCAUGUAGAUACAAAGCACCCUAUAGAUUAUGACACUAUUAAAGGUUUCCCCCGAUUCCGUAGAACAGCUUUUUAAGAGAUCCUGUGGGGGCCUCAGAGCAGCAUAUUUUUGGUAGAAAUUCUCCACAGGUUGAAAUGCCAAAAACCGUAAAACACAUGGUGUUGACCCAGAGUUUCGUCCAUUUUAAUAGAGCUUGUUACUGUUAAAACCAGUGACUGCGCGUCACCCGUGGGCCUCUCACCAGGUGAUCCCGGGCUCCCCGUAGGCCGGGUCCGAGCAGGUCACUCACCUGCCGGCACCCGUGCGUGACAGGCUGGCUCGCAGUCUCAGCCCGUCCCCCCAGUCGAUACUGGAAGGAGGGAAGGGGCCUGGCUUUUUCCCCAGGGAGGACAUGGGGUGGGGAGAGUACGUUGAACAAACGUGUGACGCGGAGGGGAUGACCGCGAGACCCGUGUCAGCUCGGCCCUCAUCGAGUAACAAACCAGCAGCUCUCUCCAGUCAGCACCGUUCCCCGGACACCCUGCGGUCUUGGUCCUGUCCGCUAGCGCCCUGGCCCUUGCACGCGUGUGCCUGUCCCCUCGAUGUCCGUGCAUUGGGAAUGUGUUGAGACACAGUGUGCAUCUGAUAAAUCCCCAUGAAAUAAACUGCCAGCAAACUUUCUAACUUGUCUUUUAACUGUUAAAAAAAACCAAACACCACCUUUUGUUUGAGGUCAUGUCCAAGGUAUGGACUGUGUAUUAUUUUAGAAGUCAUUCUUUACGUCGAAAAUUUUUAAAGGAAAACCACCCCCGUGGUAUUAAGUCCUCCGUGUAAUUGUGCCCGCUUCUCUCCACGCUGCCAUUAAGCCAAAUCAAAAGCUGUGAAAAACCAGUGUGCUCGAGAAUGUGUGUAGAUGAGAACGUGGUUUAUUUACAGAUUCAAAUCUUUGUUUCACGAAGCUACCAAACGUUAAAAAGAAUGUCACCUUUUUUUUCCUUUGCCAUGGAACCCAGAGAUUAUAAAGGCUUUGUUGCGUUUUUGACGCUGGCAUGAAGUUUUUGUCCACAUUUUUUUCAUAUAUCUGUGUGUAAAAAACUCUGUCCAUUGUUUACUAUGGGAUUAGUAUUACAUUUUGAGGUAAACAAGAGAAUUUGUAUUGCUUGAUAAAAACUAUGAGCUUGUAAAUUUUAAAAGGUUUCUUUACCUCAAUUAACUUAAAGUAAUGGACCAAUAAACCUAUAAAAGAUGCUUUCUUUA